AUCUUAUAGUUUGACCUAACAGGCAACAUUUUGUAGCAACGCCAACACGGGAAGUGAGUAUAUAUAUUAUCCACUAAAGAUAAAAAGAAAAGAUGGAGGGAAAAGAAAGCCAUCAUCGUCAUCAUCCCUUGUUGACCAGAGCUAGAAGAGGUGGAGGUGGUUAUGGUCAUGGUUUCAGCCCAUCUCAGAUCCAGGCACUCUCUGCUGUUUGCGAAGCUUUCCUACCAUCCCUUUCUCCUCCCUCCGAUGCAAUCUCCCACAGUCAAGGGGAUCCUCAGCUUCAUAAUGAGGCGGCACUUGAAUACUAUUACAAGGCUUCUGGAUCCCAGUCUCCCUUUCCAGAUGAGGUUGCGGAAAUUUUGGUGAAGCGGGGAUUGCCUGAAGGACUUUCUGUCGUGAAACUAGUUCUGAAGCUUUUGUCAACCAGACUGGGAACACUUUUGGUUUGUGGAUUAAUCUGUUUGAAUUGGAAGUGGCCAUUUGUUCACAAGUUCUCCGAAUUGCCAGUGAAGAAGAGAGAAACCAUACUGCAGAAAUGGUCCACAGAAACUUUUCUGAUCCCCUUGAGAAUCGUCUUCUUGAUGAUCAAGAUCAUGUGCUGUUACGUUUUCUUCUCUUGGACUGAUGAGAAUUACAAAAGUCGAACACUGGAUGCAAUUGGGUACAAUACAGACGCCAGAGAAGACAAGAUCAGACCCCGCAAGGAGAGGCCUCUCGAAAAGGGCGUAAUUGAAACUCUGUACGAAAAUGAUUCAACCCUGAAGACAUCCCUCAUCCAGAAAGGUCUCUUUGUGGAAGAGGAACCAAAUGAGGACUUGUACAAGAUCAAAUGUGAUGUGGUGAUCGUGGGCUCUGGUUGUGGGGGUGGGGUGGCAGCAGCAAUUCUUGCAGCCUCAGGCCACAAAGUCCUUGUGCUUGAGAAAGGUCACUACUUUGUCCCAGAAGAUUAUUCAGGACUCGAGGGACCUUCCUUCGAGGAACUCUAUCUGUCAGGGGCGAAGCUGACGACUGUCGAUGGGAAAGUCUUGCUUCUGGCAGGAUCAACAGUUGGGGGAGGCUCUGCUGUUAAUUGGUCUGCUUCAAUCAAAACUCCGGAUCAUGUUCUAAAAGAAUGGUCAGUGGAUCGAAAGAUCCCAUUUUAUGGAACCUCUGCGUAUCAAUCUGCUAUGGAUGAAGUGUUUAAGAGGAUUGGAGUAACCAAGAACUGCACGGUAGAAAGUUUUCAGAACGAAAUAAUAAAGCAAGGCUGCGAAAAGCUCGGUUUGGAAGCUGGACAAGUUGCCAGGAAUUCUUCUGAGAAUCAUUAUUGUGGUUCUUGUGGUUAUGGUUGCAAAACUGGUGAUAAGAAGGGGACUGACUCGACGUGGCUCGUCGAUGCUGUAAACAACGGGGCAGUGAUCCUAACAGGUUGUAAGGCAGAGAAAUUUAUUCUUGGAAAUAACAAAAAUGAGGAGAUGAGAAGGAGAUGCAGGGGUGUGAUUGCAGCAGUUGAAGGUAGGAACAUUACAAAAAGGAAGCUGCACAUUGAAGCCCGGGUGACAAUUUCAGCUUGUGGCUCUCUUAUGACACCCCCUUUACUUGUAUCCACUGGGCUGAAGAACAAAAACAUCGGUCACAAUCUUCACCUCCAUCCAGUUCUAUUUGCCUGGGGAUAUUUUCCGGAGUCCAAGUCGAAAAUAAAAGGAAACAGUUACGAGGGAGGAAUUAUUACUCGUCUGCACAAGGUGCAGACCGGAGAUUCUAACAACAAUUGCAUCAUAGAAUCCGCAGCGUUGGGCCCUGGAGCCUGUGCCUCUUUGCUUCCUUGGAUAUCAGGGAAUGACAUGAAGGACCAGAUGAGCAAAUACGCUAGAACUGCAAGGAUUUUUGCUUUAAUAAGAGAUGAAGGUUCAGGGGAAGUGAGAGAGGAGGGAAGGGUUACAUAUCAUUUGAAUGAGAUGGAUAAGGAGCAUCUCAAACUCGGGCUCAGACAAUGCUUGAGGAUUUUAAUUGCUGCAGGAGCUGUUGAAGUUGGAACUUACAGGAGCGAUGGGCAGAGAUUAAGAUGCGAUGGGAUCAAGAAUGAGGAUGUGGAGGAGUUUCUGGACACAAUUGUGGCAGAUCCGGGGCCAAAGUCCGCGGCAGAGUAUUGGACAAUAUACUGUUCUGCUCAUCAGCUGAGUAGCUGCAGGAUGGGAUCUACUGAAGAAGAUGGUGCAGUGGAUGAGAAUGGAGAAAGUUGGGAAGCAGAGGGCUUAUUCCUAUGCGAUGGAAGUGUUAUUCCCAGUGCAAUUGGAGUUAAUCCCAUGAUCACCAUCCAAUCAACCGCUUUCUGCAUCUCCAAGAAAAUUGCCGAGUCCCUAAAGCAAGGGAAGUUCUGUUUCGAUGAUUCUUCAAGGGCUUGAUUACUUUAAUUUAGUCCACAGUCUAACUGAGCAGGUUCACUUUUUCCUUUACCUGUAUGUCUGUAGCAUCAAGUUCCCAGAGGGAAAUGAUUGUAGUAUUCACUUUCUCACCUGUAUGGAAACCGCUCUGCGAUUAUGUAAAAGUUACUUGAGUGGGAAUAAAUAAAGUGGACUUCUUUAAGUUUC